AUGGCCAAGUACCGUCUUCACUAUUUCGAUGCUCGCGGAUAUGCCGAGGUUUCCAGAGAUAUGUUCCAUAUGGCUGGUGUUGAAUUCGAAGACGUCCGUUACAAUCUAGAGGACUGGAUCAAAGAAGGAUCAACAACCAAGGAAACCAUGCCAUUCGGCCAAAUGCCAGUUCUGGAAGUCGAUGGAGAGAUGAUUCCACAGUCGUCAGCCAUUGCUCGUUUUGUUGCGAAUCAACUCGGAUAUGCUGGAAAAACUGCAGUUGAGAAGGGAUGGGCAGAUGCUUAUGCUGAUCUCUACAAGGAUUUUCUGAAUGAAAUGAAGCCAUGGGCCAUGAUUGCAUUCGGAUAUCCAGGACAAGCUGGAGAUCGUGAUGAAUUGAAAAAGACUUCAUUGGAUCCAGCCAGAGAGAAAUAUUUCAGACUCUUGACCAAGGGAUUGGAAAAGAGCAAAUCUGGAUUCCUUCUCGCUAGUGGAAUCUCCUAUCCGGAUCUUAUGUUCUUCGAAACCACCACUUCAUUGAAUGUGCUCGAGCCAGGAUUCCUUGGAACAGACUUCCCAGAAGUGACUGCCUACUUCAAGAGAAUCGGAGAACAUCCAAAACUCAAGCCAUACUUGGAGACAAGACCAUUCCAACCAAAAUAG